AGUGGCGGAAGAGACGGGGUGGGUUGUGCCCUCGCGCCCCGGUGCGGUGUUCUCCUCCUGCAGGAGCGCUGCUCACACUGCAGUGCAGAAGAACUCAGGAGCGGAUCUUCUCUGCCUCAGCAUGAGUUUCCCGGUGCUGCACGAGCCGCUCGGGAGGAUUUCCUCGGAGCCGGUUGAGGACGUCGACCCCAGCAGCUUCAUCACAGACACGUCUCGCUCUCUGAAGUCCCACUACCCGGUCCAGGUCACUGAUCGUCAUGAUAAUGUGACUCUCCAGCUGAGCUCAGUGCCUCCAGGAUACCUCACACCUCCCAUGGACCGAAUACAGCAGCCUGUAGAAAAUGACGCAAGCGCAUUAAUCUGUCCAGGAUCCAUUACUCCAGAGUUCACUCAAGAUCUCCAGUGUUUGUCGAGCUCCUGUGAGAAGUGCCUCUGCUCAGUUCCACCUCCCAAAAUCAGUGACCUCCUGGACGACGAGGAUCUCCUCUACACACUGCGACUAAAGCUCGACCCUGCGCACUACACCGUCAAGAACUGGAAGAACUUUGCCAGCCGCUGGGGCAUGAGCUACGACGAGCUGAUGAUGCUCGAGCAGCGGACGCACGGCUCCACCUCCCACAGUCCCACUCAGGAGUUCCUGUUCCGCUACAGCCAGAAACCGGUGACGGAGCUCACCAAGCUGUGCCAGUUUUACCAGCGCAUCGAUGUCCUGAGGCUCCUCCAACGGUGGGUGGAAAACGACUGGCCUUCACGCUGGAAACCAGUGCAUUAGCAACAAAAACAAAAUGGAUGACUAAUGAAAGAGGGACAUGAGACUUGUGCUUUCUAAAAGCAAAGUGGACGAUGGUAGACAUGCUCGAGGUCUAAACGUGCUGCAGGACUGCUCCUGGUUCAGUUUUUAGACACUGUGGAUUAUCUUCAUUAUACAACCUGGUUUUAUUUUUCUGUUUAAAAGCUUGAGAUGUUUCAGGACUAAAAACUCAUAGUGAAUUGCUUUAAUUAAGUUUAAACGGCAUAACAGCAAAUGUACAUGUACAUCAUGGAACGUGUCGAAACGUGGCCUUCACUUAUUAUAUUUACAGAGAAAUAGCUUUUCCAGAUUGACCUCUGAGAAACCUGUCAAUUAAAGUUACAACAACAAUAAUAACUGAGGCAAUCCUGAGAUAUGUUCUUAGAAAUGAGGGUUCCUCAUGGGUUCUUUGGAUGGUUAAACAUACUCUACACUGAUUAAGAAGAUAUCCAUUUUAAUCAUAAGGGGACAAGCUGAGAACUUUUAGUAGAGGGUUCAUGUACAGAGUUCUAGGGCUGAGCAAUAUGACAAAAUAUCAUGAUACUUGAAGGUGCUUUUAUGCUGCACAGUGUGCAUGACGAGAUUUCAAUCAGCUGACAAACCAUCCACAAAACGAGUCAAAUCAGCAAAAAACAUAAAACAGAGUUUGACAAUACUUUAGUCAUGCCUACAAAGAUAUCAUGAAAUUGAUAUAUUGAUAUAUUGAUAAAUUGAUAUAUUGAUAAAUUGAUAUAUUGAUAUAUUGCUUGGCCCCAUAACGUUCUGAUCAAAACCCUGUAUUAAUAGGAACUGAUUUGUUGUGUAGAACCUCACAGGGUUUAUUGUUGAAGCUUUGAUGUCCAGCAUAUUUUUAUAUAACUGUUCAGGUCUGCUGAAUGGAAUUAUGGGAUGUGUGUCACUGUUGCCUUAUGGUUGAGACACAGAUGUUCUCAUGGUACCUUCUGAAAAGAACUUGGUUUAAUACUGUAAUUAAAUCAUAUCAUAAAA